AUGGAAGACACGCAGAACGAGUCCGAGCCCGAUCCCAUUGUCAAUAUUGGCUUUGUUCGCCAAGGCUAUACACAGGUCGUCCGUGUAGUCCUACAAGGUCUCAAGUCAUCCUCGCUGGGGAUCGUAUUCUAUCAAGAUGAAGUUGCUUGGGCUCGCCACGGCAUCCGAGUGUUUCGGCACAGGCACUUCUCAACCAGCGGCUUCGAUAACGGUGCCAUGGUACUGUCGCACACGAACAGCCUCGCUCAGGCUCUCCGUUAUGAGUUCGAGUUCCCCCGUACCCCAAUCUGUAUGGAGGUGAAGAUCCUUUAUGGUACAACAAACCCCAUGGCUAUGAACAUGGAUAUCACCCAAGUCGGUCCCAUCACCGUCGUGGUUGAGCAGGACACUCCAUCGUCUUGUGUUUCGACGGAUAUGUCAAAGGCGACUGCAGAACGCUCACUGGUUGCCUUUUUUGGUGAAAGAGCAUUUGCCUGCAUGGCAGAGGCUCAUGCAGGAUGGGAGAUCUUGGAGGUCUCCCACCCUCUGAGCUCUGCCAUGCAGAGCUACCCCUAUAUCGUGGGGGUUUCGGCUUCUCGAGCUCGAGACAUGGCAGGAGGCUAUGUCCAGUACCACCCAGGGCAGAGAUGGAUGCUGCUCGGUGGGCAGCAGUCUUUCGAACUGCUUGUGCGCCGAGUGGCAUCGAGCGGCGUAGGGAACGACGUUGUCGUUCCCCUGGUCAGCGCCAACGUGAGUGGAGGUGCACAGGCCCAGCCUGAGGAUCGGAUGACGGUCAGGUUCGUGGUCUGGAAGCCACGAACUUGA